UUGACAGAAGCUUCUAUCUUCUGAUUUCAUUAUAUUCCAAACCCUAAAACAAUCAAUCCAUCAUCACUUUUCAGUUUCUGUGCCAAAAUUUAUAUAUAUCUCUAUAUCUCUAUUAUCUAUUAUCUAUAUCUAUAAUAUAAUAAAAAUAAUAAUAUAUGAUUGUUGCAAGGAAAGACAUGAUGAGCUGGCGCAGAGUAGCAAAUUCUGUUCAAGCCUUCUCUGCUCAUACUUCACUUUUUUGUUUCACUCUUUUUCUUGUGCUGAAAUUGGAACAUGUUUUUCCUUACUCUUGGUGGGUUGUUUUCUUCCCACUUUUCAUAUUUCAUGCGGUUGUUGCUCGUGGAAGAUUCUCGUUACCUGCACCCUCGGUUCCCCAUGGCCGUGAUUGGGCACCAUGUCAUGCAGUUGUUGCCACACCUUUACUUGUUGCAUUUGAACUGCUUCUUUGCGUCUUUCUGGAGAAUCGAAAUUUUAGUAAGCCUCCACCUGUAAGCUUGCAGCUUGUCUUCCUCCCUUUGUUGGCGUUUGAAGUAGCUAUCCUUGUUGACAAUUUCAGAAUGUGCAAGGCCUUGUUACCAGGCGAUGAUGAAACUGUGAGCGAUGAUGCAAUAUGGGAGACACUUCCACAUUUCUGGGUUGCCAUCUCCAUGGUUUUCUUCAUUGCUGCUACGGUGUUCACCCUUCUGAAGCUAUCUGGUUUUGUGGAUGCUUUAGGAUGGUGGGAUUUGCUCAUCAAUUUUGGCAUUGCAGAAUGCUUUUCCUUUCUCGUUUGUACAAAGUGGUCUAAUCCAGUAAUUCAUCGAAACUCACAAACGGCUGAAGCCAGCUCAUCAUCCACGGCCAUUAGAUAUCUUGAUUGGAAUAGUGGCCUAGUGGUUUCCUCAGAUGAUACAUCUGAUGAUAGCAUGUGUAGUCUGCAAGACAUUGGUGGACACAUAAUGAAAAUUCCAAUUAUCAUUUUCCAAAUUUUACUUUGUAUGCGCUUGGAGGGAAAACCUUUGGCUGCUAAAUCUAUCCCGCUUCCUGUCAUCUUUUCUCCUUUAUUUUUAUUGCAAGGCGUGGGAGUUCUACUUUCCGGAUCAAGAUUGGUUGAGAAAAUUGUUAUUUUAUUACGUACUGGAACUGGUACAGGAAGAUACUUCACAUAUUCUGCUCGAGCUCAUGACUGCUUUGGAUUUUUGCACCGUGGUUCCAGACUGCUUGGCUGGUGGUCUAUUGAUGAAGGAAGUAGAGAAGAACAGGCACGCCUAUUCCAUGACGUGGGCUCAGGUUACAACACUUUUUGUGGUUAUCCACCUGAAAUAGUGAAGAAAAUGCCAAAGAAGGAUCUUGCUGAGGAGGUUUGGAGACUUCAAGCAGCUCUUGGUGAACAGACAGAAAUCACAAAAUAUAGUCAGCAGGAGUAUGAAAGACUUCAAAAUGAAAAAGUCCUAUGUCGGGUUUGCUUUGAAGGAGAGAUAAGCACAGUACUUCUCCCCUGCAGACAUCGCAUUCUUUGCAGUACUUGCUGUGAAAAGUGUAAAAAGUGCCCUAUUUGCCGUGUUACCAUUGAGGAGCGGCUACCUGUAUAUGAUGUAUAGCAUUAAGUCGGUUUCGGGAGUUCACCAGACCCAUCAAAGAUCCGUGCGUACAUGACACAUCACGGAAACAGUAGUUUGUUUGGUUCGAGCUUUACAGAAGAAAAGCAUUCAAGAUACAAAAUUUGCAGUAUCUUGAUAACUUAUGAUAUCUUUUCAGUAAAUUUUUUGUUUGCUUUUGGUGGGUAGGGUGUAAAUAUCUGGAGAUAGUACAAUCUAACAGUUUCUUUUAAGAAGUUUGUCACCGUCAUAUAUGGUGUCAUCACCAUCGUAUAUGGUUUGCAUCUCAAUCUGAUCUUGGUUUGUCUUAGACUGAACAUCAGUUCAUUAACUGUUGAAUAUGCAACAUAAUCAAAAUUGUUGUAACUUGUAAACUAACGGGUGGAUCCCGGGGAUAAGUGUCUCCGAGGAUAAGGUAGGGCCGUUCAGUAACCAACAGAAUUGUCCUUUGUGAUUGUUGCGUAUUUAGAAGAAUCUGCCUUUUGUAAUUA